CUAUCUUUCAGGCCAAUCAACAGCAUUGAAAAGAAGCAAGCAAGUUGCUCCGUUCUGAAUUGUGAUCGUGUUAAGAAAGAAGUUACUGUCAAAGAACGUUCAGGGAUCCAUCCAUUCACAAAAACAUACACUUUUGACCAUGUUUUUGCACCAGAUUCAGAGCAGAUUGAUAUUUAUAAAGCUGUUGUCAUGCCUGUUGUGGAGGAGGUUCUUGCUGGCUACAACUGCACUAUUUUUGCGUAUGAUUUUUAUUUGCCACUAUAUAAAUUAGUAAAUAAAAUUUAAUUCCUUUAUUUUAUUUUUAAAAAUUGUUAAAUUGAGAUUAUUAAUUGCCUUAAAUAAGAACAACACUUUUGCAUGUAGUAGAGAUUAAGUCAAACUGAAAACUCAAAAAGGUUUAAAAAAAAAUUGUUUUUUCUUUUUUGAAAUAUAUAUCUUUUGGAUUUACAAUUGUUGGAACAAAAGCUUUAAAAUAUUUUUUUUUAUAACUCCAGAAUGUAUUAACAUUACAAAAAUUCUGAUCAGUUAAAUUUACUUGUUCAUGAUUUUAAAAUUGUAUGAAUUUCCAAAGGCUUGUGAUACUGUGUGAGCAUAUACAACUAUUUAUAUAGCUGUGAAAAAUAAUUUUUGUGUAAUGUAAUUCUUUCAGUUAUGGCCAAACUGGAACAGGCAAAACCUUCACCAUGGAGGGAGAAAGAAGUGAAGAUUCAAGACUCACAUGGGAAGAGGACCCUUUGUCUGGUAUCAUUCCAAGAGCCCUGCAUCAAGUAUUUGAGGAUCUUCAGAAACAAGUAUUUUACAUUUGCAUAUGUGUUAUAGCUUCAAGACAUAUAAAACUAGUCCAUCAUUGUAUAUUUCUAAACUAAUACCAGUUUGUGUUAUGAAGCAAGUUUAAUUUGACAAACUGAUUAAUCUAAUCUAAUUUUUUGUUAAAAUUCUGUUUAGUCUGAUGUUGAGUUUUCUGUCAGAGUGUCAUUUCUUGAACUCUACAAUGAAGAACUUUUUGACCUUCUUGGCUCAUCCACUGAUCCACUCAGGCUUCGCAUAUAUGAGGAUAAUACAAAGAAGGUAUAAGUUCAAACUUUUUUAUUUAAACAAAAAAUCUGUUUAUGUGUUAAUCUUUAGUGAAAGGGAAUACACAAAUUUAGGGGACGGAGGGGGCUCCAUCAUCUGUCUAAACACUGCGCUUUUUGAUGUUAAUGAAGCAUGAUCAAGUGCUGCAUAUCCACACAUUCCUAUUUUCCAUAUGAAUAGAACAUCUCUACAAAGCUCUAGUCCUUCUGGUGCUUUCUUAUCAGACAGACCUUGCAUUGUGUUGCUGGCAUAAGUUAUGAGUGUCCAAUAUUGCACCCUUGUGUAUACAAUGAAACCUGUGAAAAACCAAACCCUUAGAACCGAUGGAAAAGUGGUGCUAUUUGCAGAUUCAGUCAGAAUGAUGAUAAUGCACAAUAAUUUGAAAGAACAGGAUUUAUGCAUAUUGAAAAUAAGAACUGAUAAUACAAACAGAAAGUGCAUAAAGUGUAUUUACAUGUGUAUAAAAACUACAGAAAAAUUAUGUAACUCAGAAAGAUUUUUAUUGUGCUUCAACAUCUGUUAUGCAGUCAUGUACAUGCAGCCUAGAAUUUUUAAUGAAUCUUAUAAACAUCCAAACAAAGUAUAUGUAGGCAUUGUAAGACUAAAUGUGAAUUGUCGCCAUUUCGCUAUGCAUUGGAGAGAUGUACACACUAUACCCACUGUUCACUGUUCGUUCACAAACUUCAGGCUCAUAGAAAGUUUUCUGAAAACACACUUAUUUCAUCAUGAUUUAAGAAACACACUAUAUGGUAGCAGACUGAAUAAGGAAACAAAAGGUCUGUGUCACUUCCUGCUCAUGGUGUAAUUUUGAUGCUGAUGCAGCAUAUUAAGUGCUAUUCACAAAGAAAAUCAAGAUUUUUUUUCCCCACAGAUUUUGUUUUAUAGACCUUUUCCGUUUCAAGGUUUUUGUUAAGAAAUCAAUUUAUGUCUUGGAUUAAGUUGGCUCUUAUGCCACAGACGCUAUUUCAAGGUUGACUUGUUCCAGGUUUCACUGUAUGACAAUCUCUGACAUUACACUCAAAGGGUAGUAAAUAAGCAACCUUAACCAGCAAAGGGAAGAGACUGAAAACAUCAAAUCAUUCACAGAAUGUGCAUCAUAACUAGCCACAUCCAGCUAAAAUGGCUAUACACUGUGUGUCAACAUAAGGGAAAGUAUAUUUAAGGUAAGCCUCAAAAGUCUUUGAGGGAGAGAUUUUGAAUGAAACAUUUGGAAAUAACCUUGAUGUUCCCCAAUGUGCUUCAAAGUUCAAGAAGGAUCAUUUUUAAAAAAUAGGUAUUGUCAGUACCUCAAGAUUGGACAUACAGUACCUUUAUUAUUACUCCUUGUAAUGUGCAUUAUUUGAAACUCUAGGUUUUAGAAAUAAUAGCAGAUAUUGUUUUAUUACUUCUUAAAUUUAUAUUAUUUUCUUAUCAUUACAGGGUUCCGUUAUUAUUUCUGGGCUUGAAGAAGUUGUUGUAAGGUCUAAAGAUGAAGUAUUUGAAAUACUACAGCGUGGCACUUCAAAGAGACAAACAGCAGCUACCUUAAUGAAUGCUGUGUCUAGGUAAUUUAUACUUAACUGGCAUAUUUGAAGUAGAAUUUUAGUGAUAAUUAUUUAUUUUUUCAGGAAAGGGCGAUGGGAUAUAUCUAAUGUCUACCCAACAUGGUGUUCCCAAGUAUUUGUCCAUUAACACUAACCUUGCUCAUCAUUGCAAGACUGUGGAUCAAGAAAGAACAAGAAUUUUACUUUUAUAAAGUUGUAAUUUACAAAAUCUAUAUUACAGCUGCAUAUACCAGAUUUAGCUGCAGCUUAUUUACUCAAUGGAGAAAAAAAAUGCGUUUUAAGAAAUUGAGGUUCCUCAAUUUUAAAGUUUUUUUUUUUUUUUUUAAAACUUUCAGUCGCUCCCAUUCUGUCUUUUCUGUCACAAUUCACAUAAAAAAGAACACCAUGGAUGGAGAAGAACUUUUGAAGACUGGCAAACUUUAUCUGGUAAGUGAAGAUCUUUUCCCAUGAUUGAGAAAAAAAAUGCGUUUUAAGAAAUUGAGGUUCCUCAAUUUUAAAGUUUUUUUUUUUUUUUUUAAAACUUUCAGUCGCUCCCAUUCUGUCUUUUCUGUCACAAUUCACAUAAAAGAGAACACCAUGGAUGGAGAAGAACUUUUGAAGACUGGCAAACUUUAUCUGGUAAGUGAAGAUCUUUUCCCAUGAUUACAUUGUUCUAUUAAAUAGUUUGACAUCUUCUAGCUUUCCACUGAUGUAAUGUUACGAUAAAAGUAAUUCCUAGGGUGAAACUGGUCCUAUUAUUUAUCAGAAAGGCAAAUUUUAAUUUAUAAUUUGAUAUCACUUAGUUUUUCACUGCAUGUUGUCUUUACCUUAAAUGUGCUGUUUCAUGAAUUUUCAGGUUGACCUUGCUGGGUCUGAGAACAUUGGAAGGUCUGGUGCUGUUGAUAAAAGAGCUCGUGAAGCAGGUUGGGUUUUUUAGCAAAAUGGUUUAAGAAGCUUUUAUUGUUCAAAGUUUUUCUUUUACUUUUAGUAUCUUAAUGAAUUUUUCUCUAUAGUUUGAGGAAACUUUUGCUGCACAAAAAUAAUUAUGAAAAAUUAAUUAAAUUAAACAAAUUUGUUAUACUUCUUAUUGUCGAGAUUCAAGCAUUUUUCCAAUUCUAUUUGAAGGAAAUAUCAAUCAGUCGUUGCUUACACUAGGCCGUGUCAUAACAGCUUUAGUUGAACAUGCACCUCAUGUGCCAUACAGGUAAAACUAAAAAUUAUUAACCUGUUUCAUUUAUGCUUGGGCUUUGUUUAAGCUUAAGUGAGUACACACAAAUAGUUCACUUCCUAAAUAUUUGACUCUUGCAGAGAUUCAAUGGUGGAUGUUAUUUUUUUUUAGAGAUUAAGCAAAAUUAUAACAAAUUGUUGCCAUGUGAAAAAUUAAAUUACAUGGCAAUUGAGACUACUAUUUAUUUCUUUUUGGGGAAUAUAUCAGUGCUGAAAUGAUAAACCUAAUGAGUUAACAUUUUCUCCUUAGAGAGAGUAAACUCACGCGGUUGCUGCAAGACUCGCUUGGAGGCCGCACUAAAACAUCCAUCAUAGCCACAGUCUCGCCAGCAUCUGUUAAUCUUGAGGUCAGUAUUGUUCACACUUCCCUUGGUGCAUUACAUACAUUUAACUUUCAUUUUCCACAUUUUGUGAAUUUCUUCCUGAAUGAAUGCAGUUAAACCUCCAUUUUACGACCUAUAAAAUUGCCAUUAAAACGAGGUCAUAAAUUGGAUGGGGUCUUAAAAGAGAGUUAGGACAUUUUCGAAAAACCAAAUUUAGAAAAUUAAGUCAACAAGUAAAAAGAAAAAUACACGUACCAUUAAGUAUAGGCAAUAUCUACCAUCUUUCGUUCAUAAAUAUAGAUAACACUCUUUCUCACAACCAAUACAGUCACUAUCUUCCUGUUCUUCAUUAAUUCAAAAAUAGAAAUCAAUGCUUGUAUGGUAGUCGUGUGUAAGUGCUGAGUACAUGCUUAGAGUUAUAACUAUUUAUGUAUAAGAUAAGCGCAUUAAUAUUGUUAUAAUUAUUUUUCUUCAAUCAUUGAAUAGUUUUUUUUGUUGAAAGAGAGCUGUUAUUUCCGUUUAUUUGCAAACCUGUGCUUGUUAUUUUAGUAUGUCACUUUGAACACCAGACAUGGUGUCGGCAAGGUCUGAAAGGCCCCUGCUCAGGGCAAAUCUGGUCAGCUCCUUGGAGUAUUUCAAGGCAGUGGAGAAUUUGAUAGGUCCAUGUCUUAUUUCCCAGCUGCUUAGGUCAUCGUCUGCCGUUAAAAUUGUAAACGAAACUGUUUUCUUCAAGGGCACAAAUAUAGCAUUGCUUUGGAAUCUGACUUUUUCAGGUGCUAGGUCAUAAAAUUUAAUUGUAAGCUGUGACAAGUAAGUAAGGCAAGAUGCCUACAAAAAAAAUGUAUGUAUUUUCUCUAUUUUACAGGAAACUCUCAGUACUCUUGAUUAUGCUUUUAGAGCCAAGAACAUCACCAACAGACCUGAGAUCAACCAGAAGCUUACCAAGAAGGCUUUGCUACGGGUGAUUAUUCUUUUCAGCGCUUAGAAAAAAAUUAUUCUUUUCAAUGCAUUUUAAAAAAAAAAAUAUUACCUAGAAACUUUAAUGAUGUCACCUUUUUAAAAUUGCUUGAAAAUAUUUUUGUAACAAGAUUUUUUAAAUUUUAGGAAUACAAUGAGGAAAUUGAACGUUUGCGGAGGGAUCUCCAAGCUUGCAGAGAAAAAAAUGGUAUCUAUGUUGCAGAAGAAAAUUACAUGUAGGUUUUUACUUUUAUUAGGCUUGCUUUUCAUUUUGAAGUAGCUGUUUUUCAUAUCUGAUGUAGAUGGGAUCCAUAAUAGUUGCAUGAACAUCAACCUUUUAACCCACGUACUGUCGUCAGCCGAAUUCAUUGGCUGAUUUUCUCUUCCCAUACUGUGGCGAUAAAAAUUGCGUUGAAGGAACAAGUUUCAGUCCAAUAUUUUACACUAAAUAAAACUAAUUUCUUUUAUUAAUAAAUGAACUUCAGUUUUUUGUUGGCUCUUCUGUGUCCUUUCUUUAAAAUUUGGAGUUAUUUUUACAACGAUCUUUAUCAAGCAAAUUUGUAUAAGUAGAUUUUCGCAAAAUGGAUGAGGCCAUAGCUGGACCAUCUGGCUUACAAAAUAAAUCAGUUAGGAAUCUUUUUGAUAACUUUUUAGUUAAUGACUCAAGUGAUUCGGAAGAUGAUUUUCCAAUCACACACGAGGACAAUGAUAAUUCAGAUUAUUUUUCUAGUGGGUCAGAAAGCAAAAGUUCUGAUUCGGACGAUUUAGACCUAGAACGAGUAGGCAUUGCCCCAGCAAAAGGACUCGUUCAAAACUAUGUUGCAGAUGAUUGUGUACCAACAAAUAAUAAUGGAUUUUGUUAACAUAUAUGUUUUCUUAUAUUUCAUUUUAUGGAUUAAAUAUUUACACAGGAGCUGAAUGUACUCAAUUAGAAGUUAAUAGACUUUUCAGUGUUGCCUAUGAUAAUGUUGCCUAUGAUAAUGUUAGGACAGCUUUUUAAAUUUUAUGUUUCUUGCUAUUUAGUAAUGUUUAUAUUGUUUAUGUCGUGCUUUGUUACUUGAACGUAAGUUAUAGGUAUCAGAGGAAUUUUUUUUUUUUAAAUCUAUUAAUAACUAAAACAUAUAUAAAUAGUACAUUUUCUGAAAGAUAAACAUGAUAUCAUAUUAUAUAAGCAUAAUAAUAUGCCUUUAAAAAAUUGUAGUUUGAGGUACUUGAAAAGAAAAAUUUUCAUUAUUUACUUUAUUCUUGGCCUCUCCAAGGUCACCGGUCACUGAGUACAAAAUAUCAUUUAAAAAGUAGCCAAUAUGAUUAUCCACUCAGUCUAAUUCCAAAGGCACCCAAAAAGCUCUAAAUUGCCUGCACAGUACAGAAUACCGGUUAUACAAUAGAUAGUUCGUGGGUUAAAAUAUGUUUAGUGUUAUAACAUGAAUAAUGUAUACGAAUUUUAAGUACAUGUUCAGAUGAAUAUUUGGAGAAUUUAAUUUUUUUUAUUUUACCAAACAUAGAUUGGAAUGAGAGCAUUGACAAUCUGUUGUAUAUUUCAAUAGAAUUUAUUAUUUUGCUGUUCACUUUAUUUUAUUUUUAGAGCUAUGCAGAAUAAAAUAACUCAGCAGGAAGAUGUCAUUCAGGAUUUGGAAGAGAAUAUUGAAUGCAUUAGGUUGGAGAUGAAAAAUGUAAGUAUAUUUAUUCCAAUCUCUCUUGGAAUUGCAACAAAUGAUAUAUUUUGUGCCAAAUACUUCGUUCACUCACUUUGUGUUGGUUCUGACACAAUUUGCCACACGAAAACAUAGUGGCAUUUUUUCAUCUCAAGAGCGCAAAACAUUUAAAACAAACAGUGCAGAAAGAUGUAACAAAUCAACAGAAAAAAAACUACCAAACCUUAGAUGAAAUUUAUUGUUCUGAAUCAAACUUAUGGCUCAAUAUUUGUUUUCUGCAUUUCUUCUUUUACUUUAAAAAUAUCUUAUAUAUGAUAAUCUGUAGAACUAAAUUAACCUUGUUAGAAAAAAUAAAAAUAUUACUGCAUUCUAAUUACAAAUAUACUAAUAUUAGCUUUCAGAGUUGUUUACAGACACCAAGGAGGAAUUAAAAGUAACUUCUGAAAACUUGGCUGUAACCUCUCAGAAUCUUGAGGCCACAACGGAGAUAUUAAAAGAGACAAGUGAAGAACUCUUGGUAACAAAGAAGAUCAGAGAUGAAAAAGAGUUUCUUUUAAGUGAACAUGCCAAGAAUGAAGAGGUUUUAUAUUCUGAGGCUCAGGAAGUAAGUAUACAGCAAGUCCUGUACAGGCAUCAUCAUAAGAUUAAUUAAUUACUGAUGAUUUCAUUUGAUUUUGAAGUUCUUUUCCUAUAUGGUUGACAAAAAUUUCUAUAUUAUCCCUUUUAGUGAAUAUUACCUGAAUUCUAACAUUUAUUUUAGAUCUGUUGUUUGAAUUUUUUUACCUUUUAGUUUUAGAGAAAAUAAUGGUGUUGUUUUUUUCCAGUCAAAUUAGGCGUUGAGAUGGCUUAUUUUGUUAAUAAAUAUUGUUAAUAUAUCAAAAUGUUGGUAUGUCAAUUGCUUAAUAAUGUUAUGAGUUUUUCAAUUCUUUUUCUUUUGCUUUGUUAUAUAGCUGCUUUCCACCGCUCAAGCAUCCAUCUCUGAUGUCAAAGGACUUCACGAUAAGAUCGAUAGAAAGAAAGCUGUGGAAAAGCAUAACGAGGAGGAAGUUUCUAACUUCAGCGAGGACCUACUAAAUAUUCUUAGCGAUGUACAAAAAAUGAUAAGAAAUGUGCACCAUGAGACUAAAGAACUAAAUACACAGGCUUGUUUGCAAAUUGGUGAGAUUUAUUUUUAAAUGUCAGCAGAGAAAUUCCCAUUUUAAAGUGUAUCGUUACAUUUAUGCUUUCAUGAUGAUAUGCUAUUUUCAUUUUUACAUUGAAUGUUAUCUAACAUAUGACAUGUUUUAAUAAAUUGGCUGAAAAAUAUUAUUCCCCCCAUGUCAUAAAUUAAUAAUUUUGUUACCUUGUAGAUGAAAUUGCAUCACAGCACAAAAGGGAAAUUCUUGCUACCAGGCAAAAUGUUGAAAGCUAUGUUGAUGCCAUGCACAAGGACUUAAAAGAAACAUUGCACCACCAUGCUUCUUUUCAUCAAAAAGGCUUGGAAUGGGGAGAGACAACACACAAGACGUAUACACAAUUACAGGUUAAUUUAUUUGAUGCCUAACUUUUAUUUUUAAGUUUCAUAAUUAUAUGCCUUUGAAAAACAUUAAAUUCACUUCUUUUUUGCUUUAAGACAUUCAUGGUGUAUGUCAAGAUCAUGCUAAGUUUGAUCCCCUGUUGUACAUAUGUUGUUUACUGGGUUUUGAAUGGAAAACUAGUUUCAAAAGCUUAAGUAAUUACAGACAUAUGUUACAUGUUUAUGUAAAAAGAGCAGUAAUUCAUAUUUUUCUAUUUCACUAUUCUUUUGUGCAGUGUGAAGCCAAAAUGUCUUGUCAUAAAAUUCAAGCAGAAAUUACAGAGCAGUUGAAAAAAGUACAAAAAGAUUACCUAGAUCAGACUAAUCUACUGAAAGAGACUACAGCUGUUCUCUGGGAUCAGGUGACAUUUUUUUUCUAUGAAAAAUGCAAAGUUUUAAAAAAUGUUUGUAGUGUAUACUAUUUUUAAUAUUUUGGUGAGCAAUUCAGUUAUCUUGAAAUAUAUAUAUAUAUAUUCUUGUUAAAAGCUUACUAAACCUAAUAAUUUUCUCUACAGAAAGAACAAAUGUUUUUAAGUUUGACAAAGUGUCAUUCUGAGAUAAUUUCCUACCUGGCAAAAAUGGUGUCAUCUUGCUGUCAGCAUAUUGAUGAACUUAACAAACAAAAUGUUGCGAUGAAAGACUAUUUAGAGACAGUUUCAACAAGAGAAUCGGUCUUGGAAGAUGUAAGCGUUUUAAAAUAUGUUUAAAGAAAUAAUCUCAGUUUUCAAAGCUAUCUUACUUUCAUCAUUUUUUUUAAUGACCAGUUGUCCUCAGAAUUGCUCUAUUCACCCCUUUUUUUAACAUUCGUCAUAUAUCAAUAUUCUAGUUAAGAAAAUUAAUAUUCUCAUUAUUUUAAAAUAUUUUAAUAGGUGUAUUUGAGACUAAUCUUUAUUUUAUUUAACAAUUAAAGACAAACUGUCAUUGUUAGUACUUUUCUGCCAGACUGCUGCUGAUGGUUUGUGUGUGUUUUGCAAAUUUAAUUGUAUUGUCCUAUUAAUGGACAUGAUUUUUAUUUAUCUCUUUUAUCAGCAACUUAAGGAACUGUUAUCCACAAGGAGGAAGGAGUAUAAUCAAAUGAUGGAGAAGGUAAACACAAAUGCUGUCAUUAAAUCUAAUUAGUGAGUGUUAACAAAAAUAUACUUUUGUCUUUUUUAAUGUAUGUUGACAAUUUUUCUUUUGAAUUUACAGGCAAAGACUCACCUAGAUACACACCACAAGUCUAAUGCUACAUUUACAAUUGAGCUAAAAAGGUGUGUGUAUUUAACUGUUAUCUAAAUUGAAUUACUUUGAGCUUUUCAUUUUUUUUAUAUAUAUAUAUUUUUUUUUUUUAAUGUGAUAAUAGUGUGUAUGUUAAUGACAUUUUCAGCUAAUUUCUUUUUCAUUUAUAGACAGGAAAAAGAGAUGUCUGGACUUAUGGAAACAAACAUUCAGUCAAUAAAAAAUCAAGUUCAGACUUACGUAGAAAAAAAUGCCAAUGUUGUAGAACUGGUAUGUUUCAAAUCUUUAUUAUUUUAAUUUUGUUCAAUUAUUUUUAAUGUAUUAUAUAUUUGAUUAUCACUUUUUCAUAUCUAUUUAUGGAGUAUAUUUUUAAUGUUGAACCUCUCGACUAGUUUCAUGAAUUACAAGGCUAAAAUGUUGUCUGGACAUCUUUUUGAAUAUAUAUAAUUUUUUAAAGUAAAGUAUUCUUCACAAGAUGAAGUUUACCUUUUAUAACUUUAAGGUUGCUCAAACUCUGGUUCUUAGAGAUGAAGUCUUCCCUUCAACCAUAAACAAGACAGAAGCUGCCAUUGAACAAAAUGAUAAGGUUGGUAUAUUUGAAUCAACCUAUCAAAAGGAAUCUUAAUCUUGAACCAUAAAGCUACUAAUUUAAUUAGAUUAUAAAAUCUUAUUUACAUUUAAAUGAAAUUUUUUAGAAAAUAAACUGCGUCCUCUUUUAUCAAUUGAGUGUUAUUAUAUAUAAAUUGUGAAGCAAUUUUUGCUAAAAGGUAUUAGUUGAUUGUGACUAAGAUUUUUUAAAAUUUAAUGGAGAUGCUCAAUUCAAUUCUCCUUCCCUAGACACUUAAAAGAACAGAUUUAUUUGUACAUUUUCAGUUUUGGGAUGUUGGCUCAGAUUCAUUGCAACAAAGCAUCAUUGAUUUGAAAAAGUUUUCAGAAGAGUUUAAGGAUAGCCAAGAACAGAAACUAGAGGUUUGUAUCUGUUGCGAAAUAGUGAGAUAUUGUGGAAGAGACAGGUCUAUCCACCCACUGAAAAAAUUUGUUGCUGUUUCCCAACCUGGGAGUGCAAGGGGCAUUUGAAAGGUAUAAGAAAUUUAGUAAAGAGCAGAUGAGCCAUUUACUUAUUUACAAGUAAUGAUGUGCAUUAAGAAAAAUAUUACACAUUUCUGUGAAUGGCUAAUUGGCCUGGUUGUUGCUUGGAUUAUGACUAUUAUAAUUGGAAUAGAAGGGACUGAUUCUAGUAUUACAUACAAUAUCUCAGUUCUAUUAUCCUUGUAGAACUGUUUAGACCAGGUGUCCUCAAACUAUGGCCCGUGUGCCACUACAUAUAUGUGCAGUGUGCUUAGGAAUUCAUUUAUAAAAUUUUGAAACAAUAGUCCGGCCCAAAACAAUAUUUGAGUGACAAUGAACCAUCACCGAAGUGUCUUAAGGAACAGUGAACCCGUCCUCUGAUAAAAAUUUUUAGGACCCCUGAUUUAGACUUGUGAAGUCUCUACAGCUUUAAUUAAUUAUUGAUACUAAAACUCCACAGUAUAUCCAUUAUGCUAAUACUAAUAGAUCAUGCAUUUCUCUCAUUUAAAUAUAAAUUGUAAUACUGAUGCACCUAAAGGAUUACAGAACCUGUGAUGGCAAUUUUAGUUUUAACUAUAGGGAUGAAAUCUAAGAGUGAUUUUUUUGUUUGUUGUGUUAACAGAAUAUGACAGCUCAUUGCAACCAGCAUAUUUCAACAAUGAAAGCAAGUAUUGAAGAAAACAAUACAGCUUUCAAUGCAAAGUCUUCUCAUGCAUCAAGUUUACUUAACUCAGUGUUCAGUACCCUAGACCAAGGCUUAGAAAAGCCAGAAAAAGAGCUUGAAAACUCAAAAGAUUUGGUGGAUGAAUUCUUUACAAAACGUUUGAAAAAAGACAUGCCAACAGGUAAUUUAUCGCAUAAUAACUGCUAAACAUCAAGUAGACCUUAAUUUUUUUUUCAUUAUUAGACAUUUCAACAUUGUAAUAAACUCUUCUCCUGUAUUCUAUUUAAAUAUCAUAUUUACAGAUGCAUUUAUUCUACAUAACAAUUCAUUACAGGUUUUUACUUUUGAUAAUUAAAAACAUCUUUUCAUGCAUAAAAGUUCCAGCUCUUUCUGAGUACAUUUUUUGACAGUUGUUUUAUAAAACUAUUUCAAAUAAACAAGUUAAUAAUAUGAUUCCAUCCUAUAAAUUACAACAAUUUUGCAUAAUUAUAAAUUAAUGAUAAAGGAAAGAGAAAAUAUGAAUUUGCAGGUUUUACACCUCAGCGAUGUGAAUUUCGAUACCCACAAAAACUAACUAAAACAAAUGACCAUGAAGCUUUGCUAGAGGAAUUUAGAGCCCAAAAGACAUCUCUGGAUCCUUUGGUUGUGAACCUUGAUGCGAAAAUGGAGACUGCUGAUGACCAAGUGGAAGUUGAGAUUGUACCUGAAGUAAGUUUUAUUUUCUAAAUAUCUCAUCCUAGGUCAUAAAUAAUUUUAAAGAUUAUCUAAUAAAAUUGCUUUAUACACUGAAAAUCAUUAUGUACUUUUUUUUUUUAGGAGCUGCGGCGCAGUGAGAGCAAUCUUAGUACUGCAGGUAGUGAGAAAUCUUCAUAUUCUGCAAUCAGCACUUCUGGUGUCUCUAAUGCUAGUGCUAAAAGCAAAGUAAGUGUCAUUUUAAUAUAUAAAUCAUGUUGGGUUAAAAUUCUAUGAUAGUGUUGGUGGGAUAUUUUAACUUACCUUGAGCUGAAUAUCUGUUGUUUUUAAAAAUAUUAAUAGGAACAACUUUUGUUCUUUUCUUAAAGAUUCAUACAUUGUUACCCUGUGACCUUGAUUGGCUUAUUCUAAACUUUUGCAAUGUUAUAGUAUGUGAUUCUUAACAUUUCAAUUCACCUGUCAUGUUUGGGAAUUUAAAAAUGUUUCAAACACUUCUGUCAUUUUGAUUGAAAAUCCCAUCUUCAAAUAAGAUUAAAUUAAGAAUUGCUUGACUGUUUCUGUUCUUAUGUGGUGGUGGGGAGGGUGUGUGUGUGGUAUGAACAUGUCAUCACGUUAAAAAAACUAUACGCAAAAGAAUACACAGCUUUAUAACGCUCUCUAAGCCUUCUGUUUUCUUAUGAAUUGUACCUAUUUUAGAAUGAAACGCUAACAAUCAAUAUAACAUAGUGUUAUUUUCUAAAUUCCCCAACACAUUUAAAACAUUGACCUGAUCUGCUUAGUUGUCUUUGUGUGAAUAAGUUUGUUCUAUUUUUUAAGAUGUCUGAUGCUGAGGCCUGUAAAGAAAAUAAACCAAGAGCUAUGAGACCCCCACAGACAACUAACUCUAAGAAGAUGCCCAAAGCUUUUGCCAAAACCCCAACAAAGACUAAAACACCAAGCAAGUCUGCUUUGCAGUCUAACCAAAACCAGCAGAUUCCUAAUGUAGGCAAUCCCAGGACCAGGUUGCCUUUAAAGUCUAACAAUCCAUCAUCUUGAUUUCGCAAUCAUUUUUUAAAUUAAUUUUUUUUUCAUGACUUACGUACUGCUUAAUUAUUUUUUAUCACGUUUUUUUCUAAGGCAUGAGAAUUAAAAAAAUAUGUAUUUCUAAUUUAUACUGUUACAGUAAAUAAAAUAAAUUUGAAUUUCUGCACCAUAGUAUUUUAAAGAGAAAGUUUCAAACAUGUGUCUAUUAUAUUUAUAAGGUAAUAAUUUAAUACUCAAUAUCACAUUUGACAAAAUUAGUGGUAAAGGCAAUGUGUCUUCAUUAUUUUAACACACAUUUUCAACACAUAUUAUUUUAAUUAAGUUACAAACUUUCUUACUCCCCCGAUGUAAAUUAAAUAUUGUACAUAGUUUGUUGAUAUUAUUUUUAUGUCAAAAAUGUGGGUAAAUUAAUUCCCAAAUUUCCUAGUGUCUGGAAUCCUGAGAUACCCCCAAUACUAAGUUUGUUAUAAAAGUGCUUCUCUUUGCCAAAAUGUUUUGAAUGUUGUUUUUCUGUUCUCACUCAUUAAUCAUUACUGCUAAUUACUUAAUAAUGUUUUUAGAAAAUCAAUUAUCUUGACAUUAAUCAAAGAAAAAAGCUAUUGAAACAUGAUAUGGAAAAAUGUUGAUUUUUUUUGUUGUUGAAGCAUUUUACUUUUCUAUAGUUCAGUAUCAUUUGUUAAAUAUUUAAUUUUUUUAAUCCGUGCAAUUCAUGUUACUUACAGUUUUAGCACAAGUCAAUUCUUAGAACUAGCACCAUUUCUUAAACUAGCACAUUAUUGGAACCUUUUUUUAACCUGUUGCAAGGUUCAAAGUGCAUUAUAAUUCAUACAGGAUGACAUGAAAAUACAAUUAUGGGUUUUUGUGUGUCUUUUUAAACUAUGUUUAAAAAGUGCAUAACCUCAUUCUAUACCUAAUGGGAGCUACAAAUACUUCAGAAAAUAUUUACAUUUAACCUACUUUGCGUUUUUCAAGAUUUUUUUCAAUGCUUCCGUAACUGUACAGCAAACAAUAUUCACAAAUAUCCUUUGGAAUAAAAUGUUGGUUUUAUGUUUCUUACUUUAAAUAAAGGUGUUUGCAUUAA